UGAAAUUUCCAUCCAGACUUAGAGAUGAAAAAAUAAAUGUUCGGAGUAAACACAAUUAAAUUAUUAGUAAAAGCUGCUAAAAAUAUAGGAGAAUAAUGGAAACGCCCAACAAAAAUGGAUCCACGACCGAGGAAAUUGAAGUGGAGGAAACCGAGGACUUUCAUGACCUGGAGGAGUUCAAUGACGACGACGUGGCAUCCGGCAGCAAUGGUCAAAAGAAAAGCGAACGUUUUGUGGUGAAAAAGUGGGUGGCGCAUGCUAAUUGGUCCUGGGAUGUGGCAGUGGACAACUGUGCCAUCUGUCGUAAUCACAUCAUGAAUCUGUGCAUCGAAUGCCAGGCAGAUCCCAAUGCCAACAAGGAUGAGUGCACGGUGGCUUGGGGAGAGUGUAAUCAUGCGUUCCAUUAUCAUUGCAUUGCCCGCUGGCUGAAGACGCGACACGUCUGCCCGCUGGACAACAAGGAGUGGGUCUAUCAAAAAUAUGGCCACUAGUCAAAUUCUGGUUCAAAUUGAAGUGAAUAAAUUGUGUAUUUG